AUUCCCUGCCACUGGCCCAGGAAACUAUCUGAAAUCUUCACCACACUCCUCAGUGUGAACGCUACUGAUGUGAGCCCAACAGGAAGUGUGACCUCAUUCUGCCUCUUUGCCUCUGGUUACACAGGCUGUUUUCAAAAGAAAACAAGACGGUUUGUAAGGCUGACUUUCCCAAGAACUAUACACUCAUUUGUACCUGGAAACAGAUGAGAACAAGAGGCUGCUGAAGACAAAACUCUGCAAGCACCUGUGUACAGCAAUGCCUGUGGGCAUCUGUGAGAAGAGAAUCUGUGAAGUUUGAACAAGCGGCCUUCCCAAGAUGUACCGAAUAUCUCAACUGAUGUCAACACCAGUAGCAAGUCCUUCCAGUUUGGAAAGAGAAUAUGCUGGACAGUUUUCUCCCACAUGCAUUUUUCCAAGUUUCACCUGUGAUGUCCUAGAUGGUGACCAUUCUUUUGAAUGCUGCUCCAUAAAUCCCCUGACGGGCUCCCACUAUACCUGUCGCCGAAGUCCCAGACUCCUCACCAAUGGCUACUACAUUUGGACCGAAGACAGCUUCCUGUGCAACAAAGAUGGCAACAUAACUCUGAACCCAUCUCAGACCCGUGUUAUUUACAAAGAGAACUUAGUUAGGAUAUUUAGAAAGAAAAAGAGAAUCCGCCAUCCCUUUUCUUCUCUCUUCAACCUCAGUACCUCUAAAUCUUGGCUACAUGGAAGUAUCUUUGGUGACAUCGACUCUUCUCCAAGUGAGGACAACUGGUUGGAUGGGAUCAGGAGGUUGGACACAGACCACCACAAUGGAGAUGGAGGUGAUUUGGACUGUUCUUCUCUGCCUGAUGACUGGGAGUCAGGGAAGAUGAAUGCAGAGUCUGCAAUAACCUCUUCCAGCCACAUCGUAUCUCAACCUCCUGGAGGAAACUUCCACGACAUGUCUCUUCAGUCCCAGUUGACAGCUUCUGAACAUUUCCAAGAGAAUAGUUCAGAUCAUUCAGUGAUUGAAGAAAGCAAUUGUAUGCAGAAAAUUGUCCAUCGACAGCCCUGUCAAACAUUAGAAACUAGUUUGUUGCAAGAAGUCUGCUUUCAGGCAAUCCUACUUGCUGUGUGCUUAAUCAUUUCUGCAUGUGCAAGAUGGUUUAUGGGAGAAAUCUUGGCCAGUGCCUUCACAUACUCGCUGAUGGUAACUAUAGCUUGUUUAUCAAAAUUUGACAGUCAUUUAGGAAUGCCUUCGAUGAAUGUCCUCCAUCUGGAUAUCUGCAAAUUGUCCAACUUGCAGUCCACUUGGAAUCAGGUGUUUUACUGGAGGGGAGUAAGCGAAUAAUUGAGAAAAAAGCCAUUUUAAUAUGACUAUGUGAUUUUAAAAUGAUCUCAGUUUUUCCAUCAAAAUUAUAAUACGCUCAUGAAAAUAAUAUUAAUUUGCCUUUCCUUUGCGAACACCAGCAAUUGAAAGGGAAAGGACUGAGGACUGUGAUGGAGAGCAGACCACCUGUAAUAAAUGUUCCCCUGUGAUUCUCUAAGGCAGUGCUUCUCGAGCAUUAAUUUUCAUUAGGAAAUUCUGUGAGGAGCUUGUAACUGCAGAUUCCUGGGCCUGCCACAUGCACUUAUCCCUCGCUGAAUUGCUUAAUAGAAUAAUGAAAGCAAAUUUGUCUAAUUAAUACCAACUUGACAACUUAUAACAAUAAAUGCAAUUUGUACAUAAAACAUAAUGCUGCAAAAGUGUGUCAUUCACCCCAACGGAGUGACUUGAUAUUAGGUGGCAACAGUAGCUGGUGGUUGAUAGGAAAAUGGACAGGAAAUAAGCAUUUUUGGAAUGUUAUAUUCUUUUGAACCACUUUCUAAACUGAGUUUUUAAUCUUCUUGGGGCUCAUAAUUAUCUUUCACUUAAAUUGCACUUAAAGACAUACCACAGAAAAAUGCCUUAAGGGCAAAAUAAAGGCAAAACACCAGAGUGCUUUGAAAUGCAUGAAAAUGGUGCAGUUGCAUGCUUGAGCCUUGACUCAGGGGCUGUGGAAGAUAUUCCCUUUCUACCCUCCACACUUGGUGCAUGUUCACAAAGCAAAUACGGCCUGCAAUUCAAACUAUCAAUUUGUCCUAUGUGAUAUUCUCUGAGUAAAAACUCUUACAUGCAGAAAAUUGCCUGUGCUUGAAAUGGUAAUGCCAAAAUAUAACUUUGUGUAAAAUUUGCAUUUAGUGCACUUUUGGUUAAAAAAUAAACUAAUAAAUAAAUGGAGUCAUCAG